CUAACUCUUCUACGUCUAUGCUUCAGUUUCCGGUCGGUCGGUCAAAGUAUGCAGUGCUGACCUGCUUCUAAAGUCAAACAUCUGAACAAACAGCUGGAGUUUUUCCCACAAUGACAGCGCGGAAUAUAGCCCGAUUUUGGGAAUGGGGACGAAAGAUCAUUUGCGUCGGAAGAAACUACGCGGACCACGCAAAAGAGCUGAAAAAUGCCAUCCCUACGGAGCCUGUCGUGUUCCUGAAGCCUCCAAGUGCAUAUCUGAGAGAGGGCUCCCCGAUCCUGGUGCCUCUGUACAGCAACGACCUGCACCACGAGGUGGAGUUAGGGGUGGUGAUCGGAAAAGGUGGCACAGCCAUCCCGCAGUCCACCGCCAUGGAGCAUGUAGCUGGCUACGCCUUAUGCUUGGACAUGACAGCCCGGGACAUUCAGGAAGAAUGCAAGUCCAAAGGUCUUCCCUGGACCAUGGCCAAGGGCUUCAACACCUCCUGUCCUGUCAGCGACUUCAUCCCCAAAGAGCGCAUCCCUGACCCGGGGAACGUCCAGCUCUGGCUGAAGGUGAACGGCAAGGUGCGGCAGAGCGGCAGCACCUCGCAGAUGAUCUUCUCCGUCCCUUAUCUCAUCAGCUACAUCAGCGACUUCAUCAGUCUAGAGGAGGGGGACCUCAUUCUGACCGGGACUCCUAAAGGGGUCUCUGCCGUGCAGGAGCACGAUGAGCUGCAGGCUGGCAUCCAGGACAUACUUACUAUGAACUUCAAAGUGGAGAGACCAGACCAUUAGGAGAAGAAACGGCAGGGAAACAAUCCCCAGCAGGUGGCAGCACUGAGCCACCAACUGUGUAGUUUAAUCAUUUCUAUUAAUCUAGAUUUGAUUAAUUUAUAUUGUCCUUAAACCAAAUCAGAAUCAAAUUCAUAAACACCUGUCUCAGUUGACAGUUGUUAAAGUGCUCUCUAUAUAUUUAAAAAUUAAUUAUAUACACAAUUAAUAAUACUUUUCACUCAUUUUUAUGUCUUUUGUUCUU